ACUGAACGUUGCAACUAACCAAAAUGGUUUCCUCUUCCUAAAGGGGUAACUUCCCCCUUAUCACAUUGUGACAUUAUAAUGACCUCUAUAGCUCACAGACAAGGAAUAAACACAGGCUAUUGGAAACACAUAUUGUAUUGUAUUAUAUUCCUAUCCCAGGAUUGCCGGGAGUAGCCAAGGUACAGUGUAAAAUAAGAUUUAGGCCUAUUGCAUAACAAAUAUGUAAUAGCCUAAUUAAUCUGGAGCAGACUAGGCUGUGGCAGUCAGCCCUCCUCUUUUCUCUACGUCACACCUUCCCGGUGCAGCCUCUUCGGGUUGCUAAGACGACGGUUGAGCGCUCCUGCGCCUCUGUUUGGGAAAACUCUGCAGACCAGAAAGAAAACUAACCACAAUAGGUAGUAGCAGUUCUUUAUGAAUGGUGCUUUCAGACAUGGGAAUAGUGACACCAACCCAUUCAAAAUGCUACAGUGAUUCAGAUGUCUUCCUUUUGAUAUCACCAUGAAGUAGGCCUACAUCAGAUAACUAGCCUACUUAAUGGCGACCUUAAAAGAAGUUGAUCACGCAGCUGUGAAUGGAUCAGCCACGGAGCCUCCAACGCAGGAGGACGCAGUUGGUGCGCAGCUUUACAAGACGCCAGAAAGGAGACAUGUCGAUACCCUUCUAGAUAUUAGUGAGCAGGAUUUCUUGACAGAACUGGAGCCAUAUGAGUAUCACUGUUACUCAGGUUGGGAGGAAGCUGUUCAGGGUUGGGCCAGAGUUGCUCCACUGAGCUGCAUACUUUUGACUGAGAGGAAAUACAGGAAACCAAAGCAUAAAGAGGCUGAUAACCCGACCCCCGUGUCUAUUGACCCAACAAUCCCCAUUACAGACAGCCCGGUCAGCAUUGCGGAGAACCGCUGUGAGCCUCAUGUGGGCCCACAUAACAGCUCUAAGAAAAUCAUGCCAUUAAACCAGCAUCCUGGAUCCUGGAGUAACACUGCUGAGGCAGCUCUGCAGACAGAUGCCUUGGAAUGGCUUGUCGAUGGAAAGAGAGAGGAGGAAGGGACACUCAGAGAUACUUCUUUGCAGCCUCACAAUCUCUCCUCCAAAUACUCUUUUGUGUCAGAUAGCAGGCCCACUAAGCCUCAGAAAUACAGCCACAGGCCCAGUAGUACAGUGGUUCCCAUUAAAAACUUCACAUUUUUACCACCAAUUAUAUCACCACACCUGAAUCCUCAGAAAGUCAGUGGCACAAAGGUUCCAGAUGGAGAAACCAUAGAGGAAAACUGUUUCAUAUGUGAUAAGAAGGGCAGAAUGAGACAAACAAGAGUGGACCCUGUUUCUAAUGCAGAGCUUCGCACUUACUCUGCAGCCCUGACCUCCAAGUACCGGACAUGUCUGCAUAAUCCCCACUUGUUCUCUGCUGUAAGUGUUUCUAUCCCCAAGGGGUAUCAAGUACCUGUGUCUUCCAAAGCUGACACAGUGCAUCGCACUAACUACUCAAUGGGCAAGAGCCUCACACAGGCUCUCCACUCCAGCUCUGCAGCAGGUGCGCAGGCACAUAUGCACCCCAGCAAGGCUGUCUAUGCUGUCAAGCUGUACGAGGGCUGCGAAAUAAACGUUUAACAUGACCGAUAACGACAUUUAUGUAUGCAAUCAUUUUAAACUCCCAAAGUAAAAACAACCUGUUUUAACAUAUUGUGUAGCACUGCAUCAUAUGUUUCCAUCAAAACAGAUAGUUGGAAGAAUGAUUUUAAUGGAUGAGACAUGUUCAGAAAAGUAACUCAUUGGAGAGGUAAUUCAUUUAGCUUAGUGUUCCAUCAGUUCAGUUUGGCAUAACAUUUCAGACCAUACAAACCAUAACAGUAAGAGUGUGAACAGAACAUUGCAAUGUUAAGCUCUAUCUAUCAUUCGGGCCUUGACCAGUUCCCACAAGUGCUUUUUCAGCUGUUCUAGUUACCUAGCAACGGUGCAACUAUCUCAUAGGAAGCAUGGCAGUGUGCCUGCUCACACUUUCUAUUAUUUAACUUUCAACCACAAGCUACAGCUCUGUCAGAUCUUCAGUGUUGCACUGUAGCCUGCAACUAUAUAUGAUGACGUUGCCAAACUAGUGCAUCUGCUCUGUCAAGUAAAAUUAGAUCCAACUUUAGCUUUAUAUCAGUCAGGAGGUAAUUCUGGCUGAUCGCAGAUUGGUUGUACAGUGUAAAAGGGCUUGUCAGUGCAGAAUAGAUCCCUAAACAUACUGGGAUGAUGUUACUUUGUUUUAUCAUACUACCUCUUUGUUCAUUAGCUGCCCUGUAAAAUAAAAAAAUUAUUUGCUUA